AUGAUGGCGGAGGGCGGCGGCGGGCCGGCGCGGCGGAAGGCGCUGUCGCUGCUGGAGGCGGCCCGCUCCCGCUACGAGAGCCUGCAGAUCUCAGACGACGUCUUCGGGGAGUCGGGCCAGGACAGCAGCGGGAACCCGUUCUACAGCACCUCGGCCGACUCCCGCUCCGCCGCCUCUUCCCAGGACGAGGAGGAAGACGAGGAGGGCGAGGGGCGCCCGGAGGGGCCGUGCCCGCGGAGCAGGGCGGCGCGGCGUCGCGUCCCCAGGCCGGCGGCGGCCCCGGCGGAGCGGCGGCGGCAGCAGCAGCAACGGCAAGCCGGCGGCGGAGGCGGCGCGGUGCCGGGCGGCCCGGGCCCGAUGGAGGAGGGGGAGGAGGAGGAGGACGCGGAGACGGGCGGCUGGACGCGGUCUCUGCGAGACGUCCCGCCGCCUCGCUUCAAGGAUAGCAGCGGUCCAACACGAAAAAUGCCCUUGACUGCCAGUGCCAUGGACUUUUUUCAACUCUUUGUCCCCGACAACGUACUAAAAAACAUGGUGGUACAAACCAACAUGUAUGCCAAGAAGUACCAGGAGAGAUUUGGUAGUGACGAUACCUGGAUUGAUGUCACCUUGACAGAAAUGAAGGCUUUCCUAGGCUACAUGAUAUCGACCAGCAUCCACCACUGUGAGUCUGUUCUCAGCAUAUGGAGCAGCGGCUUCUAUAGCAACAAGAGCAUUGCACUUAUCAUGACACAAUCACGGUUUGAGAAGAUCCUGAAGUACUUCCACAUUGUGGCCUUCCGCUCGAGCCAGACGACGCAUGGACUCUACAAAAUCCAGCCUUUCCUGGACUCUCUGCAGAAUGGCUUUGACUCUGCUUUUAGACCUUCACAAGCCCAGGUUCUGCAUGAGCCUCUGAUUGAUGAGGAUCCUGUUUUCAUUGCCACGUGCACAGAGAGGGAGCUGCGCAAGAGGAAAAAAAGGAAAUUCAGCCUCUGGGUUCGUCAGUGCUCAUCCACUGGUUUCAUCUGCCAGAUUUAUGUCCAUCUCAAAGAAGGCAGUGGUGCUGACGGGCUGGAUGCUUUGAAGAACAAGCCACAACUGCACAGUAUGGUGGCCAAAAGCCUUUGUCAGAAUGCCUCUGGGAAGAACUACAUUAUCUUCACUGGCCCAAGCAUUACCAGCCUCAAUCUCUUUGAAGAAUUUGAGAAGCAAGAAAUUUACUGCUGUGGGUUGCUGAGCGCCAGGAAGAGUGACUGUACAGGCCUACCUCCAUCCAUGCUGAACAACCCUGACACUCCCCAGUCCAGAGGACAAUACAGAAUAAGAAUGAAGGGAAACAUGUCCUUGAUCUGCUGGUACAACAAAGGGCACUUCCGUUUUCUGACUAAUGCCUAUUCACCGGUUCAACAAGGAGUUAUAAUUAAGAGAAAAAGCGGAGAAAUUCCAUGCCCCUUGGCGGUUGAAGCAUUUGCUGCUCACCUUAGCUAUAUCUGCAAAUACGACGACAAAUACAGCAAGUAUUUUAUUUCUCACAAACCAAACAAGACCUGGCAGCAAGUAUUCUGGUUUGCCAUCAGCAUUGCUAUAAACAAUGCCUACAUCCUCUACAAGAUGUCAGAGGCCUACCAUGUGACGAGGUAUAGCCGUGCACAGUUUGGUGAAAGACUUGUAAAGGAGCUUCUGGGCUUGGAAGACAUCUCACCUUCCCAUUGAUGUAACGUUCUUGGAGGCAUAGGCAGGAGGUGGAAGGUAAGCAGAAGAAAAUACCACACCUGCAACAGCAAAGCAAGGAGCUUCUGACGCCACCAGUGCUGUCCUUAUCCAAAAACACCAAGUGAUGCCACUAGAGAGGUGGAAACUUUGUUCCUAGUAGCAGCUGGAUGUAAACAUGUUCUGCAGAAAGUGCCACAAGAAACGCUGACACAGAAUUGCAUAUGUGAAUGCCCUGUGGGUAUCUGUACACUGGAAAUGGACUUAAAUUAGUUGUCUCUCAAUGCCAUUCAUUAAACAGGGUCAUCUUGUAAAGUCAUGCUUGGGCUCAGUGCUUUCCACAAGCUGAGAUAGCUCAGCAGGCCCAGGUGGGCAUUGCAUAGAACUCUAUACCUUAUUUGGAGUUACUCAAUUCUAGGACAAGUAGUGUAAGUCUGUACCAUGGACUGUGGUUGAGAGUGCCAACCACCUUGUAGGAACCAUUGCUGUCCUCACAGUGUGCUAGAAGAAGCAGUUCCAAGACACGAACCCCAAAUAGGCAUAUUGACUAACAAAACCUUUAAAGCAGGCAGCCAGGAACUGAGAACUGAUUAAGACUUUUUUCUUUCUUUUUUUCUUUUUAAAGCAUAAGGCAAUUUGAUCCCCUGUAGAUCACAGCAAGAUUAGAAGAAACCAAAUACAUGAGUAAAUUUAAAAUGGAAAAGCAUGACACUGAUUUUUUUUUUUUUUUUUUAAACCAAGAUGAAACAUUUUAUACAUGAACAGUGAGUGGAUUAAUACUGCCUCACAUCUUAACUGCCAUGGCAGUUAAAAUCUGUUGGUAUACAGAUCAGAAAUAAGAGCAUAACAAUCAUAUUUUUUCUUGAUUUCAGCCAUCUUGUAUGUUGCUUUAAAGUCUAACAUAACGGACUGUUAAGUGGAUAACAAAAACAGUUUGUUUAAUUUCCUUUUAUAAGCGUCGAGACUUUUCAGUCCAGUUUGGAACUUCACUUGGCACACAGUUGGCAGGAAGAAAAUAAUUCACUAAUAGCUGUGUGUUUCACAUUAUCACUGCAGGAUGUUCUGUAGGAAUUCUUCUCACUAGAACACAGGGUUUGUUGCAGUAGCUGUAAUUAAGCAGAUUACUUGUUUAUCAAAAUAACAUAGCAUUGUGUUUUGCAAAAAGAAAGAAGUCCAGUUGCAGCCAGAAGUUAAGCAUCACUAAAACAGAGCAAGCCUAAAGAGUUCACCCGAGUCACACUGUAGAGGACAAGCAUUGUCAUGUGCUGGGGCCUGUGGCUGAGCAACUACAGUUUGGCAUUGGUGGAAUCUGAAGGCAUUAAAGCUUUAGGAAGCAGUGGAGAGCGAGGGAAGUAUGGUUGAACCAGGAGAGAAUAUGGAGGUGAAAUACUGCCCUGCCCUCUACGCAUUAUUGAUUUCAGUCCACAACUCAAUCACCAAAAAACUGUCUGUAUUCUAAAGGUUAACAGUGAUGAAAACAGUCAGAGUUGUAUUAACUUACAAGGCAUAAACCGCGUUGCUAGAAGGACCAACUGAUUUUUGGUCCCCAAGCUUAGCAUUUCCUGAGAAAUUUUAUCAAAGAACAACUUGGGCUGAUUCAAGAGUGAUGGAGUGAUUGAUUGAUUGAGAGAUCAAUGUAAACCUCACUAGUUUAUAUGAAGGGUCGUGAACAUGAAUUUCAGAACUGCCUGAAUUCCAUUGCUAUGACCAUCAGAUAUGCCAAGGCACUGCAAAUGCGUAUUGUGUAAAUCAGCAGGGGCUGGUAAAUGACUCUCUGGCUCAAAGAGAAUCCUUGCACUGACAGCUGUCUGUUUCCACCAACGUUUUGGUUUUUGGAGUAAGCUUAGGCAGAUCUCACCCGGUUGCAGGGAAAGUAAAGGGACAGCCAACACUUCAGUGGUUCUGCUUGCAGUACCACCUGGAGACUGCCCCACCUGUCCUGCUCUGCCUGCCAGCCACAAGAUGAGUGACAACCUACAGGUUUCUUAAGUGCUCAUUUUCUCAGUCCACAGCGUCUCCAUCCUGGAAAAGAGAAUAGCAAAGGUUACAACCAUGUGCACUGGAGGUCUCAAAGCCUCAAGAGGAAUGGGAGGGUUUGUACCACUGUAAGUCCUUGGCAGUGCUGGACUGUGGAGGGCCCUGAAGAUGAAUUCAAAUCUCCUUGUCCCAGCAGGGAAUGGAGAUGAUCCUUCUGCAGACUGAAUGUGUGGUGUGGCUGGAUCUUACCAGUCUUCUAAAUAUCCUAAGUGGAGGGGGAUACAAACGUCCAGCCGUCAGUUUCCAUUUCUUAAGAAACUCCAGAGAUACCUGAAGGCAAAUGGUGUUAUUGUUCUGAGAUCUCUGCUCAGGCAGUGCUGGCUUUCAUUGUUACAGGAUGAUUAGUGACAACUUCAUUAUGCCCUGUAAGUUUAUAUGGCAGUCAGAGUCAGGCUAGUAAGGAUAGGUGUGGCAGGAACUCUGCAGGUCAAACGUUGCAUGAACAGCAGCUGCUGGGAGCCCAUUCCCCUGCUUAACCAGAGCAUUUGCAAGAUGCUGACGCCCCCAGCAGCAAUGGAGAGGCUUGCAGGGCUUCCUAGGAGCUGCUUUGCAUGUCUGAGGAGCAAGCACAGCACUCUCCAGCUGUGUUGUAGCCCCUUCAGCUGGAGCUGGAGCCCUUUGCAAAUUGUUACAUCAUUACUGUGUACGCUUGAAGGCCUGGAUCUAUGCCUUCCCAUUUAGAAAAUGCCUUUUCUUUUUCAGGUGUCAGUAGGUCCAAGGUUUUAGAACAUUGAGUUUUUCUACUAACUUAUGUUGUUAAUUAUGGGAAUUACUUGAGCUAAAAUGACGAGGUCCUAGCUUUUUGCCUCAGGGACUGGGUCCUGAGUAGUUUUCCCUAGAAUUGGUGUUGAUGGGGGAUUACACAGUGGCUGACUAUUACAGGGAAGAUGCUUUAGUCUCCUUUUGCAAAGGAGAAAAAUUUAAACAAAAUUAUAGCUUUGCAAUGAAUUUCAUUUUCUUAGCCUUAACCAUCCUUCAUCAUUUUGAACAGGUGCCCUAAGCAUGCUCAAACAUUCCAUAAGUAAGCAAAAAUAUUUAUAUAUAUUUGUAUGUACAAAAUGCCUGAAUUUUGGCUCUGAAAGCCAACAAGCAGAACCCACCAAAGCAUAGUUUAUAUCCACAGAUAACUGUUCCACCUUAUCUUCUCCAUCUGUUGACUUGGAGUGGAUAGGGUUGAGGAAAGUUAUGAUUUUUCCUUGUUGAAAAAGCAUCUUGCACUUUCU